AUGGGUUCUGAAAAGGUGUAUAAGAAGGCGGUUCCCAAGGAACUAACAUCAUUAUUUAGAGUGACCAAGAGUAGAGCACCAGUACCUAGGGACAAAAGAGUGGUGAAGGAAAGCCAGAAGCACGGAUUUAGAUUGGACUCGUUGCCAACUCUCCCCUCACCGUCAAACGAGUUACAUCAACUACUACUUGAAUACGGAAUGUUGAAUGACAUUCAAUGGGAUGAAAACAAAACUAAAACAAAGAAGUCAAAGAAAUCUAAGUUGAAAGCUAUCAAUUCAUUCAUUGCUUUCAGGUCAUUUUAUUCACGUACAAUAUCUAACCCAAACCACCAGAGAGAGCUUUCAUCAAAACUUGCUGACAUCUGGAAAACUGAACCGAGCCAGGAAAUCUGGAAUCAAUACGCUCAAUCUUAUAAUAAUUACUUGUUGCUUCCAGGUAUUAAAACAAAUUUUGUUGACUGGUUAUAUACGGUCCUAGACCUCAAAGUAGAACCGGCACUGGUGAUACUCGAAACAGAACCGUUUGAUGACAACUCUCCUAUGUUAUCCGGCACUAUUGAAGAUGUUUAUUUAAUUAAUUAG